CACCAAAGUAAAUACAGUGCUGAAUAAACAAGACAUCAGCAAGGCAUCAUGGACCCCUACAAUGAUAGCGAUCCGGUUUUUCAUGCCACGCCCCUCGAAUCACCUAUUGAAAUCCCUACACUUCAGAACUGCCCACGGGUCCGUUUCCAGCCUACAGGAGGGAGCCGUGGAGGGCAUGGACGUGGAUGCUAUUCAGAUAAUCGCCAAAGGGCACCGUUUCAAUACGGUGCAUCCCAGCAAGGCGCCUUGCGCUAUGAUCCACAAUUAGGCCUGCAGCCUCAAGGAUACCAGCAAUAUGGACAAGGACAUCUCGCCACUAAUUCAUACCAACAGCAGCAGCAGCAGCCUCAAUUAAUGCGACCUUUAAUUCCCCCUAUCCAGUUUCUUGAUCAACAUUUGGAUGUUUUUCAGGCCACAUCGUAUGAAGUACCUCAAGACUGCCUCAAAAUUGAAUAUGGGCCGCCUGAAAAUGUAAAUUUGGAUCUAUUUUGCAUUCAAGGGGUGGUCACUAACCUGUUAGAGAGCAAGAGAAAGCUUCGCGAUAUCCCCUCGGAAACAUUUAGUCGCGCUCGCCAGCGCUGCAACCCUUAUGAACUUGUGGGCUCAUCCAUCUUCAUGAACCGUGCAUCUGUCAAGUUGGCUAGCAUCGAUUCGCAACUUGCUUUGACUGCAACCAAAGAGGACCCAACAGCCGGGCAGGGUCGGGAAGAUGAUCGAAAGACUUUCCGCUUUGCCGACUUAUGUUCUGGCCCUGGGGGCUUUUCUGAGUAUCUUCUUUGGCGCAAGCACACUUGGGGUGAACGUGCGCGAGGAUGGGCUAUAACUCUCAAAGGGGACCUCGAUUUUCAAUUAGAACGAUUCCAUAAGGAUGCUGUGGUUUAUGAGGCCUUAAAGACGUACUAUGGCAAAGAUGACACGGGAAAUAUUCUCAAACAGGAAAAUAUCGAUGCUUUUGCAGACAUGGUGAACAAGGAUACGAAUGAACUCGGUGUAGGACUGGUCUCUGCGGAUGGAGGCAUUUCAGUUGAUGGUGAUGAGGCCGUACAGGAGACCCGUCUACAGCGCCUUAUCCUUUGUCAAAUCUUGACAAUGUUCAUGAUCCUUCAGAAAGGUGGGGAUUUUGUGGUCAAAGUGUUUGAUAUCUUUACACCUGUCACUGCGGGACUAGUCUGGCUUCUGUCUCGCCACUUUGAAAAGAUCUGUGUUAUGAAGCCAUUGACAAGUCGGCCUAUGAAUUCUGAGCGUUAUGUUGUUUGUCGACACUUGCUCAGACGUAAACCGGAGCAAGUGAUUGAACAUCUCAAAAAGGUGAACGCGCAAUAUCAGGACAUAGAAGAGAGGAUAGGUGUGGAGGAUCCGGCAGCUUCUACUCCAGUAACCGAAGAUUCUCUUAGGAAAGAGGAUGUCAACCACAUCAUAGAUCUCAACACUUUGUUAGCAGAUGUUCAUUUCGUGGAGUAUAUCAAGCGGAACAAUAUCAAGACAGCUAUACGACAGACUGAAGCACUAGAUGUUUUUUUGAAGUACGUUAAUGAAGGACUUCGUCCAGCUUUUGAUCAGGAGGCUAUAAAGAAGCUGUGUUUACAGGAGUGGCGUAUUCCUCCGCGUCCACAGCCAAAUCACUCUCACCAUCAACAUAUAAAACAACAGCAGCGCUAUCCCACACAUGGGCCACACCAUCAGCAUGGCAAUGCACGACAUCAUCCUUAUCAGCCUUCGAGAUCUCAGCAAUACCCCCAACAGCAUCAACAGCAUGGAUCCUCUUCGAGAGGCAGGUUACACUCUAGUACACAGCCAGGAUCAGGUCGAUCUUCUAACGAGCACCGCGGACAACCCGGUGUUCUUGACUCUUUAUUGAACAACAUGCAGCAACCUUCUCCCGGCCCUCCUAGGUAUUAACCAAUGUAUACACAGCCAAUAAAGUUUGAAGUUACA